AUGAAGAAGCACGAGGGCGACAUGCCGCUGAUGAGGUGCUACCCCUGCAGCGAGCUUUGUCGCUUCGCCUUUGAGGAGUCGGUCUUUGACCCGCGCUGCGCCCUCAAGGACCCGGAGGUCGUGGCGCUGCACCUGGCGCUGGCGGCAGCUGCAGCGGAGGGGGGUGCUCUGGAGCCAGUGCCCCCGCCCCUGGCUGGCACCAUGGAGGGCGGCAAGCUGACACGUGCGGUGAGGUCAGCCGCUGCACAGCCCUCUGGAGGCUUUGCCAGCUGGUUUCAGUUUGAGCCCGAGCCGCGCAAGGAGGCGCCGGUGGACCGGGGGCCGGCACGGCUGCUGGCACAGAUGCCCAGCAUGCAGAAGCUUUGCCAGGCCGAGGCUGGGGGCGGCCUGCGGGAGCUACUGGAGCGUGACGUAGGCUCGGCGGGGCUGCCGCUCUUGCGGUUCCUGAGCUGCUGCCCCCUUUCGCUCCGGAAGUUGAGGUCUGAAGAUCAGCUCCAGCUUGGCGGCGCGCAGUUUGCCGUGCAGGCCGGUCCUUCCGAAGAGCUCGCCUUCGCGCGGCUGCGCGGGACGAGGGCCAGCAGCUUCGGCCUCCACGGCAGUCCGUUGCGGAAUUGGUACUCCAUCCUCCGCAACGGGCUGCAGGUGCUCUCCAACUCGGAGCUCAUGGGAAGCGGCGCACGCUUCGGCCCAGGUAUCUAUCUCGCGGAGCGCGUGUCCACCGCACGGCACUACUGCAACGGCUUCGCCGGGAGCCGUUACAAUGCCGGUCUUGGGGAGGCGCUGCAAGUCCUGGCCGUCGUGGAGUACGUCGACGAUCCCGUGCUGCGCAAGCGACACAGCGAGGGCAUCGUCACGGUGUCGGACCACGCCGCAGUGGCUUUGCGGUACAUCCUGGUGUACAGUUUGUCCAGUGUUCAACCGAUGUCAGAUCGCUUGGAUGUCGACAAGGCAGUGAGGGAUGCUCCGCGGUCAGGCUCCAUCGAUCACAGCUGCUCCAAGAAUUGGCCGGCGAGAAAAGACUCUGGCGUCAUGGCGCGCGGCUCCUCGACUCUGCUCCGCGUCGCCGCGGCGGCAGCGCUCUGCGCGGUGCCGUGCUUCGUGGUGCCAAGGAGCAGCAACAGCCAGCCGCAGCGACCGGAGCUGAGGGCGCAGCAGCAGCUGUCGCACUUGGCGCAGCCAGGGGCUGCGGCAGAGGCUGCAGCACCCAGCGCCUUCUCAGGCUCCACGCUGAUCACGGCGGGGCUCUUCACUGCGCGCAGCAUGGUCAGCGUGUGCGCCACCGUGAUGAAGGCCAAGGCGCCGGUGAGCGAGUUCGGAGCGCCCAGCGGGGUGCGGAACUUCCAGGAGAUGGCGCUGGGCUUCACCUCGGAUAUCGCCAAGAACAACCUGGGUGAGUCGUUCUACAGGCCGUGGGUGCCGUUCAUUAGCACCAUCUUCCUCUUCAUCUUCGUGAGCAACUGGUCCGGCGCGCUGAUCCCCUGGAAGAUGUUCGAGAUCCCGGCGGGUGAGUUGGCGGCGCCCACCAACAACAUCAACACCACGGUGGCCCUGAGCUUGUUGACCUCCUUGGCCUACUUCGGCGGGGGCUUGGCGAAGAAGGGCCUCGGCUACUUUGCCAGGUAUGUGAAGCCCACCCCCAUCUUGCUGCCCAUCAACAUCCUGGAGGACUUUACAAAGCCGCUGUCUUUGAGCUUCCGACUCUUCGGAAACGUGGUGGCGGACGAGCUUACUGUGGGCGUGCUGUGCUUCUUGGUGCCUUUCGUCAUCCCUUUGCCCAUCAUGGGCCUCGGCCUCUUUGCCGGCUCCAUCCAGGCCUUGAUCUUCUCAACCUUGGCGGCAGCCUACAUCCACGAAGCCUUGGAGUGA